GCAGGGGCCACACCCCGCCGCGGACCCUUUCUCUUCCCAGUCCUCUCUCCUCCGCGCGCCAGGCCGUUCCGGGAGGAGCGCGGCCGCCCACGCCAGGAGCAUCCUCUUCGGACCCAGCGGGCGCCGGCGGCGAUGAUGCGGCUGCAAGGCUCGGCGAUGCUGCGCGAGCUGCUCCGGCGGCCGCCCGCCACCGUCGGAGCCUCCCUGCGGCGCGCGCAGCCCCUCGGCACCCUGUGCCGGCGUCCCCGGAGCGGGAACCGGCCAGCCGCGGGCCUGGUGGCCGCCGCGCGGCUCCACCCGUGGUGGGGCGGGGGCGGCCGCGCCAAGGGCCCCGGCGCCGGCGGCCUGUCCAGCUCGCCCUCGGAGAUCCUGCAGGAGCUGGGCAAGGGAGGCGCGGCGCCCCAGCAGCAGCAGCAGCAGCAGCAGCAACCCGGGGCGUCGCCUCCCGCAGCCGCGCCGCCGGCACCGGGCCCCAAGGACAGCCCCGGGGAGACGGACGCGUUCGGCAACAGCGAGGGCAAGGAGAUGGUGGCCGCGGGCGACAAUAAAAUAAAGCAGGGUCUGUUACCUAGCUUGGAAGAUUUGCUGUUCUAUACGAUUGCUGAAGGACAAGAAAAGAUACCCGUCCACAAGUUUAUCACAGCACUCAAAUCUACAGGAUUGCGAACGUCUGAUCCCAGGUUGAAAGAGUGUAUGGAUAUGUUAAGAUUAACUCUUCAGACAACGUCAGAUGGUGUCAUGCUAGACAAAGAUCUUUUUAAAAAGUGCGUUCAGAGCAACAUUGUCUUGUUGACACAAGCCUUUAGAAGGAAGUUUGUCAUUCCUGACUUUAUGUCCUUCACCUCACACAUUGAUGAGUUGUACGAGAGCGCAAAAAAGCAGUCUGGAGGGAAGGUUGCUGAUUAUAUUCCUCAGCUGGCCAAGUUCAGUCCUGAUUUGUGGGGUGUAUCUGUCUGUACAGUAGAUGGGCAAAGGCAUUCUAUUGGAGAUACCAAAGUCCCCUUUUGUCUCCAGUCCUGUGUGAAGCCCCUGAAAUACGCCAUUGCAGUUAAUGAUCUGGGAACUGAGUAUGUGCAUCGCUAUGUUGGGAAAGAGCCAAGUGGAUUGAGAUUCAACAAACUAUUUCUGAAUGAAGAUGAUAAACCACACAACCCUAUGGUAAAUGCUGGGGCCAUCGUUGUCACUUCACUGAUAAAGCAAGGAGUAAAUAAUGCUGAGAAGUUUGACUAUGUGAUGCAGUUUUUGAAUAAGAUGGCUGGUAAUGAAUAUGUUGGAUUCAGUAAUGCAACGUUUCAGUCUGAACGAGAAAGUGGAGACCGAAAUUUUGCAAUUGGAUAUUACUUAAAAGAAAAGAAGUGUUUUCCGGAAGGCACAGACAUGGUUGGGAUACUGGAUUUUUAUUUCCAGCUGUGCUCCAUUGAAGUGACCUGUGAGUCAGCCAGUGUGAUGGCCGCAACACUGGCUAAUGGCGGGUUCUGCCCGAUUACCGGCGAAAGAGUUCUCAGUCCCGAGGCCGUUCGGAAUACACUGAGUCUGAUGCAUUCCUGUGGCAUGUAUGAUUUCUCAGGGCAGUUUGCAUUCCAUGUUGGUCUUCCUGCAAAAUCUGGAGUUGCUGGGGGUAUUCUGUUAGUUGUCCCCAACGUCAUGGGCAUGAUGUGCUGGUCUCCGCCUCUGGACAAGAUGGGCAACAGUGUUAAGGGAAUUCACUUCUGUCAUGAUCUUGUUUCUCUGUGUAACUUCCAUAACUAUGAUAAUCUGAGACACUUUGCAAAGAAACUCGACCCUCGGAGGGAAGGUGGCGAUCAGAGGGUAAAGUCGGUAAUAAACCUUCUGUUCGCUGCGUACACUGGAGAUGUGUCUGCCCUCCGGAGGUUUGCCCUGUCGGCCAUGGACAUGGAGCAGCGGGACUACGACUCCAGAACGGCCCUCCACGUGGCUGCCGCCGAGGGUCAUGUGGAAGUGGUUAAAUUUUUGCUGGAAGCUUGCAAGGUGAACCCCUUCCCCAAGGACAGGUGGAACAACACCCCCAUGGACGAAGCGCUGCACUUCGGACACCACGACGUCUUUAAAAUCCUCCAGGAAUACCAAGUCCAGUACACACCCCAAGGGGACUCUGACAACGGGAAGGAAAAUCAGACUGUCCACAAGAACCUCGAUGGGCUGUUGUAAUGGUCCGAGAGGCUUGGGUUACUUACCUAUUCGAUUGUGGAACAUGGCUAUGAAGAACAUGUAUAUUUCUGUCUGCCAGUGAUGUGCACUGUGCGUUUGUCAUGUCAGUGUUACUGGAGUUUCCUUCCUUGUGCGCACAGGACAAAAUCUGAUGUCUUUGGGGAAAAUAGAAAUAAAAGAACCUCCCUUCAUAAUGUGAGCAAUAGUUACCUCUUGCGUUGCACAACUUGAUGUCCAGGAAUAGUUAGUUACCGAUGCUAGCUGACGUGUGUGGCCCUCAUGAGUCGUGUGUGUUGUAAACUUUCAAUCCCCGGGUGAUGAUCUCCUCAUAGGCAUUUAUGAGCUAAGCUUCGUUGUACAGUUUACCCGCGGGGUGGAUGCUGUCAUUAGAUAAACCAGUGUGGUUUUCAAGACUUUAUAGAUUAGCUUGAGUGUUCGAACAACUAUAUGCACAUGGUUGAGUAUUUAAAAUGUGUCCUCACCCUCACGUCAAGGUGACUCCUUCAACACUAAAAUAGUUGCUAGCUGUUCAUAGAGCUCGCCAAUUCUGAUUAGGUUUUAUCAGGGACUCUGCGACGAUACGUUUGGUGACCAAAACAUACGUAUGGAUAUAGUUCUAGUACCUUUGAGACCUUUCCUUUCAUACGGUCCUCGGGCCAGCCUCUCUGAGGCCUUGGGAAAGUGAGUGCCGGCACUCUCUGCAGUCUCGUGUGUCCUCAGCAAGUCAGCAAUGCUCACAUUCCUAGCCCAGAGACAGAGCCUGGCCGUUAUCUACAGAAGAGGAACCAAGAUUCAGGCGUCUAACUUAGCUUAAGAGUUAAGACAGUGCUACCGCAGACUUGGACGUUUCUUUCAGCUUCUACAACAGAGAAAAGUUCAAACAUGCUCUCCGUUACCAAAGUUACAGGGACACGCAUAGGGACAGCCGCAGGUGACAUUUCCCUUCAGUCCUAAUGGCAACAGUCUGCAUAGGCUAGCCGUCCCUUCCUGAGGCCCGGGCGGGGGGGUCACUCUGCACUGCCCCCCUCUGUUCCUAACUCUCGGGCAGACUCAGGAAAGAUGACGUCCUUGUAAAUUUAGACUCCCCAUGUCUUUGUUUUGGAACAGUGAUUUCUGAGUAACUUAGAAAACAGGUCAAAGGAACCUUAGCGAGAACCCAGUUUUCUAGCAAUUGCCCAUAGUGGACCCUAUUCUACUUCCGAGAGACGAGGGCUCUGUUAGUGAGGACUUCUGGUGAUGGAGCGCAUGUGUGCAUGCACGUGCACACACAAAUGCACUUCUUGGAAACUGCCCGCGGAAGAUGCAGAAUUCUCAACUACACAGAUGCAGUGGUUACCACAUGAACACAGAGUCUCUGACCCUCGCUAUCAACACGGAACUGCACCCGAGUUUCCUGACGCCUGGCGGCACAGUGUCCAGUAGCCGCCAGCUGCUGUGGUCCCGUUAUCAGCCGUCCCCUUCCAUUCCCUAGCCAGCACCCCCCUUGAUGAACCCCUUAGUGAGUGCCCCUUCCCUGAGCCAGGCACCCCCACCAUGGAUCUAAGUUCCAGGAGCUGUGGGAGGAUGGUGGGCAGGCAUCCAGCCCUGCCACUGUGUUCUGCUUCCGCAAGCCUCUUGAGACAGGCGGGGGGGCACUCUGCGCGGGGACAUCAGCUCCAAAGUUAAGGCGUGACCGCGUUUUAGUUGGAAUCCCCUGAGCUCACGCUAUUCCAGAAGCAACUGGCUUUGUGUGGUUCGAUGCGUGACUUAACUAUCACCAGUGACUCCGAGGCUUCUCUGAAUGUUAUUCUGCAUAUUAUUUGAAAACAGAAGUUGUAUCUUUUCUAAGAUCAGUGCCGUUUUGUACAGUCUUUGUGGCCUGGUUAAAUAGGCUCUUUCCCCUCACGGUGUUAUGACUACGUGCCAGGUCUUGCUCCGGCUCUCUGCUAGUGGCUGAUAUUAAGGAGAACACUUUUGUUUUAAAUGCUUGAAUGAGCUGUUACUGCUGCCAUCAGUAAACUCCAAAGAUCUUAUUUUUUUUUUUGUUUCGUUUCGUUUUGGCUUUACGAUCUUGUGUAAUUUUUCUGUAUCAGGGGAACAUUACAUGGUCAUGUUGGUUUGAAGCUCUGUUUACGCUGCUGUUUCUGCUGUCCCUGUUGUAAUACCCAUGCCUGGGGAUACACCGCGCUUUAGCCGCACAGCUAGCUGGAUUUGCUCUUGAUCCUGCUGUCUGUCAGGGACUAGGUGACCUGAUGUGCGAUUUAGGUCCCUCCUGGGGAGUCCAAAGCUUUGAAUGUAUCUACUUCCGACGUUUCCCAAAAUGAAAUCUUAAAAAACUAUAAACUGUAAGUGUUCUGAAAUUGGGAAAUAUUUAUUUUAAAUGAGAUCAGGUUAUGUUGCUUUUUACUGCCUAAUAAAUACAUGUAUUGAAAACAAGCCGUGAGGAAUGAAUUUUCUUAAAAUAACUAAGGUUUUUCUCUGCACUUUUGAGUUGUGAGUCUGUAGCUGUUUUACAGCCAGCCUGUUACGGGCCAGGGAGCACACAGAGUCACGUGGGAUGUGUGGACCCAGGGCGAGGAUGAGAACUGUGGGAACCUAGCUGUGGAUGCUGUGAUGGGCAGGCUCGUUCAGCUCUCUAGAAGCUCGCACUGUGCCUGUACAGUUAAAGUGCUCAGGGUACCGGGCUGCACUGCGCCAUUGCAGGUAUCCCUGGAUGCGAGCACGUUUCCAUGGAGCUCUGACGUCUACUGGGGAGCUGACCCAGGACCACCACACCAGGAUCUGAGUGGGCCUGGCUGGCGGCUCUCCUGAGUCCCCCACACGUGGAAAUGGUUCUCCAUUCGAGAAUGCCCUGGUCCUCUUGGGGUUAAAUCAGUGUCUGGUUUCCUAACCACAAAGGUUUAUGAACACCAUGCCAAUCCCAUUUUUUAAUUUUAUCAAAGUCUUGUGCCACAAACCAAGCGGCUUAGUUACAGCAGCUGUGGUGUUAGGGCCAUCUCUAUCAUUCUAAUAAUAAUAAUAGCCAGGUGGUGGUGGCGCACGCCUUUAAUCCCAGCACUCGGGAGGCAGAGGCGGGUGGAUCUCUGUGAGUUCGAGGCCAGCCUGGUCUAUAAGUGCUAACUCCAGGACAGGCUCCAAAGCUACGGAGAAACCCUGUCUCGAAAAACCAAAUAAUAAUAAUAAUAAUCUAUUAAUAACACAUGGAAUUCUUUGAUCUAACCCACGCUUUUAUUGAUGAAGCUGGGACCCAACAGUGGACCACGAUAUGCAGCUCUUAGUCAAUAUUCUCUCCCUGUACCCUAUCACACAGUUACAGGGAAGUACAUAUCUUCACUUACAGUUACUAGAGUCUCUCUCGGGUGAGUUUUGGGGCCACGCAUGUCAGUACCAAGUCCUGCGACAUGAGUCAGCUCCUACUGAACACGCGUGUGUCUGCAGACGGAAACUUGGUGGCGGUGCACAGUGCACAGGAUAACCCCAACAGGGAAACGUUCUAGUUGUUAAUCUAACCGUGAUCACUCUAUUUUCAUGGCACUUUUUUUUUUAGGAGUUUAGGUUAGUCUUAUUUGUUAGUCCCUAUGGUAACAUAAGCUCAUAACUCAUGGGUGUUCAGGGAAGCAGCCCGUGGAUGCACUAGGUGGCUCUUACACACUUUUUACAAAUGGGAAAGCAUCUGGGUGUGAAAGGGUGCGGAUGGGUAGGCUAGGGGGUGUAGUGUUUGGAGACAGAAGGGUCUAGGCUUCGUCAUAAUUACGGCAGCUGUUUUAAAAGGAGGGGACAGAAGCUAACAGUCCGGAAAGGCAGGCUCUCCAGGACUGCUCAGAGGGCUCCUGUCUGUUCUGGAGCCUGGCCUGACUGGGCCAUGCCUCCUGCUGCCUUUUACAUUCUAGCAGCCGAUCUGCUAUGAAGCUAGACUGUCGGGGCACCGAGGUAUCAUUUACGCAGAAGACAUAGGAAGGGCUGCGAACAUGCCGACAGUAACGAACUGAGUCUGGCACCAUUGUAAAAUACAGAGUCCACAAGUUUCACGGCAGAUAUAAUGGCAUCUCUACCUUCUGGGUAGCUUUACUUGGUGUUCUGAGUAUAAGUGUCGUAAGUUAGGAUUAUUUUUCUACAGUACAUCACGCUGUCCCUUUAAAGUCAGAGUCCACAGUCCACGGCCCAGGCGUGGUCUCCCUGAACUUGAGGGCCUCGCCUUGCUGAUGACCACUGAGCUGUCCAGAUUUUAAAACACUACUGAGGAGCCUCGGCUUCCUGUAAUUGGCUUUGAUGUUAUUUCUUGGAAAUUAUGUGCAUUUUCCUGUAACAUUGACAUGAUCAGUAGCUUUUGACUAGUCAAAAAAAAAUUAGAUUAUGUGUAUAAAUGUUUUGCCUUUGUGUGCGUCUGCACAUUACAUAAGCCUGGUGCCCAUGGAGGUCAGAAGAAAGUAUCAGAUUCCCUGGGACUGGGGUUAUAGAUGCCGUGUGGGUGCUGGGAACUGGACCUAGGUCCACUGCCAGAGCCACGAGGGCUCCGAACCACUGACCACUGGCUACAUUUACUUCGCAAAAUCUCCAUUAAGCUUCAGUGGGUAAAGUGUCUGCUGAGCAUAUAGCCCAGUAUCUGAGAACAUCUUAUGUUUAUGACAGGGGCAUUUGUUCUGUCUACUAGUGUCUUCCAAGCAUCUAGAGGAAUGCCUGGUUCAAGACAGAUAUUUCAGUAUCUUAAACAAAAGAUGCCUUUGGGUAAAUCAUCCCCUCAAGAUGGGGGCAGCUGCCAGGCUCCAAAAGUCAAAGACUUUUCAACUUUCCAGCUUCCUCUGGCGCCUUCCCUGCAGCCGUCGGGCACCAUGGGUCUGCCUCGUUUGCUGACCAAUGCCUUCAUGUUCCACAUUCGUGUUCAGGCAGUCAGUAGAUUCCAUAUAUGCAAUGCCACCUCAGAAAGUGCCUAAGUAAAAUCAGUCUAUCCGAAGUGGGACAUACAUGCUCUAUUCUUAGAAAAUGCCAUCCUGGACAUACUCAAACGCAAACCAUCCUUAAGCUAGGACGUUUGGUGACUUCUUACAUCAGUCAGUGACUUAAGAAUUUAAAGAGAUUGUCUUCCACUGACUUAGACACCUCUCUUUUGUCCCUGCUCCCUCUGCUUUCAAGAGUUAUGAACUCAUGUAGCCCAGGCUGGCCUUGGACUUGCCACGUAGCCAGGAAUGACUUUAAACUCCUGAUCCCUGUGCCUCUGCCUCACGAGCGACCUCGCCAUGAUGCCUACCCUAAACUGCCAGAGUCACUGUGGCUACCAGGACAGUAAGCAAGGGUAACAAUUAGAAAAACAGUGUCAUCAAUCUUAUUUUAAAAUAGGCCUGAUACGUCAGUGAGACACAUAUUAAACCAACUCACAAUACUAGACAUUUUAAAUAUCUUUAUAUUAAAUACCAACAGGAGGCUAACAUUUUAACAUUUUUUUAAAGUCUUAGUUCAACAGAAUGAAACCACAGCAACCGUUCUCAGUGGACGACGUAAGCAACAGUUAGAUCCCAGCAUCUAGACAUAGUACUUUUAAGACGGUUUGUUUCUUGUUCACUUUAAGAGUCUGAGAGCCCAGCCGGUCCCAGGCUGCACACGGAAAGCGAGGAGGCCUCUGCUUCCGUUGGGGACCAUGGAUAGGGCUGUGCAUAGGCUAAGUGCAGCCCAUAGCACACGGCUGCGGCAGGGACAAUGGGCACAGCAGUCUGGGACAGCUGCCCAGAAGAACCUUGGCAACCCACGCUUCCCUGGACCACUGAACUGUGCUGGGGCCACUGAGGAAGGUGGAUAAACAGCACAUGCCAUAAAACACUGUCCCUCCAAAGUCGUCUGACAACUCAGGGCAGGCCACGAAACCAUUGGCAGAAAAGGCCCAUUAUCAGUGAAAAAGAGUGUUCAGUACCAUGACACAAAAUGUAUUUUGGAAUUAUCCGAUACUCGUAUUUGGCUAAUGAGUCAAGUCAGUUACUAGUUUUUCUAAUUUCGUGGCUAAUGAAGACAACCAGCUAGAAAUAAUAAAGGCAGCCCAUUCAAGAACAUGAAUAAAACUGCUGGGCUUAUCUAGAUCUGUGGUUUCAACUUAAAAAAAAAAAAGUUUGCCUUAAGAAAGCUGGCUCCCUUAAUGGA